UAUCAAAUAGGGUCAACGAGAAUGACCAUAAAAAUGCACCCAGGCUCAGCAGGUGGGGAUGCAGUACAGGACAAUGCUACCACUCCCAGUCUUCAACCACAACAGCAGCAGCAGCAACAACAACAACAACAACAAGGUGUCACUACAGCACAGCAAAGUCAGACGUCGACAACGACAGUGACCACAACAGCAGCUGGCGGCAGCAGCAGCACCACCACCACCGCAGUGGCCACAGAAAGUAGUAGCUCAGUGGAUUCUACAAAUGCGGUGGUGACUGCACUGCCACCAAAUGAGGAGGCUGAGGUUUCUUCUGCCUCUCUGCCAUCAUCCGGUGGAGGUGACACAGCAGUACAAGGUGCCGGAGAUGCAGAACCAGAAUUCCCUUUGUUAGAGCUUGGCAGACUAGACGAGAUGAUCAAUAGACCUCGCUGGGUUGUUCCUGUUUUACCAAAGGGAGAAUUAGAAGUCUUACUGGAUGCUGCAAUCAAGCUGAGCAAAGAAGGAUUAGAUACCAGGAGUGAGGCAUGCCAGAGGUUCUUUCGUGAAGGCUUAACGAUCUCUUUCACAAAAAUCCUAACAGAUGAAGCAGUGAGUGGCUGGAAGUAUGAAAUCCACAAAUGUAUCUUGAAGAACGCUGAGAAACUGAUAGAGUUAUGUGUGCACAAGCUGUCUCAGGACUGGUUUCCUCUACUGGAGCUUCUCUCUAUGGUUCUGAACCCGACCUGCAAAUUCCACACAUACAAUGCCUCACGCCAAUCAGAGACAGUGCCCUCUGGCACCCAGCUACCGGAUGAUGCCCUCUUUGCACGGCCCCCAGAUCACAGAACUCCCAAGGGCUGGCUUGUAGAUUUGGUGAACCAUUUUGGAAAGCUGGAUGGGUUUAAGAUUCUACAAGAGAGGUUCUUCAAUGGGCCACCACUCUCAGUUCCUGUAGUUGCAAAUCUGGUCAAGCCCUUUGGUAUGUGUAGUGAAGUUCUCACACCACACACAGUAGAAAAGUACUUCAUGCCUAUUGUGGAUGUUGUCCCAAAAUUCCUGGACAAGCUGACAGAUGAAGAGCUGAAACGAGAAUCCAAAACUGAGGCUAAGAAUGAUGCUCUGUCGUCCAUCAUCAGGGCUUUGAAACAGCUGGCCAGUAGACUGCCCAAUCAGGAAGAAGUUAUUAAAAAUCUGGAAAUUUUCCGACUGAAAAUGAUUCUCAGGUUGCUACAGAUAUCGUCAUUCAAUGGAAAGAUGAACGCACUGAAUGAAGUGAACAAAGUGCUAGGCAGUGUCAGUUUCCAGGGCAGCAGUCGACACUCGAGCGUUGAUGAGGAUGAGUGGCUCACGGCAGAUAAGAUGGCGGAGUGGAUUCAACAGAAUAAUGUCUUGAGCAUUGUACUGAAGGACAGCUUACAUCAGCCGCAGUAUGUUGAAAAACUGGAGAAGAUUCUCCGUUUUAUGAUCAAGGAGCGAGCUUUGACAGUGGAGGACUUGGACAGACUGUGGGAUGCUCAGUCAGGGAAGCAUGAUGCAAUCGUGAAGAAUGUUCAUGACCUGCUGGCCAAAUUGGCAUGGGAUUUUACUCCAGAACAGCUGGAUCAUCUCUUUGAUUGCUUUCAGGGAUCCUGGCACCAUGCUAGCAAAAAACAAAGAGAGAAACUGUUGGAGUUGAUACGACGUCUGGCAGAGGACGACAAGGAAGGCGUUAUGGCUAACAAGGUAUUAACUUUGCUGUGGAACUUGGCACAUAGUGAUGAUGUGCCCACAGACAUCAUGGACCAGGCACUGAGUGCUCAUUACAAGAUUCUGGAUUACAGUUGCUCCCAGGAUCGAGAUGCUCAGAAGCAACAGUGGAUCUCAAAGUUUGUCGAGGAGUUGAAAAAUGACAAGUGGGUCCUGCCAGCACUGAAGCAGAUUAAAGAGAUCUGUACACUUUUCCCUGAGGCACCACAGAAUUACCCAGCCCACACCCAGAGGGGAGCUCACAUGUAUUACCGCAACACAGUGAUCGGGCAGCUUCAGAGCCAGCAUUCCAUUGUUGUCCUGGUGUCCGGGAAUCUCUCAGCUUACAUGAACAAGAUGAGAACUUAUGCAGAAGCGCACCCAAAUGAAGAUCCAACUACCAUUCUUCCAGAUGGUCGGUUUAACCACAACAUGCAAGUGGCUGAAAGGCUUAGGUUUCUCAGAUUCCUGCUGAAAGAUGGGCAGCUGUGGCUUUGUGAGGCUCAAGCUAGACAGAUAUGGCACUGCUUGGCUGAGAAUGCUAUCUAUCCCUCGGACAGAGAGGCGUGUUUCAAGUGGUUUGCCAAACUGAUGGGGGAAGAACCGGACCUUGAUCCAGAAAUCACCAGAGAUUUCUUUGAGAGGAACAUCCUGCAGCUGAGCCCUGACCUGUUUGACAGAGAAUGGCAUGAAGUGAGUGCUGAAUCAAUCUUUGUUAUUUGCUUUGAGAGAUUCUUCAAGCAGGUGAACCUGAAGGAGAACAAGCUGAUAGCCAAGAGACGUGGCGGCUAUUUGAUGGAUGACUUUGAGCUGAUAGGCCUGGAUUAUUUGUGGAAGGUUGUUCUAUGGAGUCCUGACGAUGUUGCAGAGAAAGCUGUUGCUCUGCUGAAAGAUAUUUUCACAAACCUAGGACCCCGGCUUCAGCAGAAACAAGUCGCCAUCCACGAGGACCUCAUCACGUCCUGUAUUGACAGACUGAAAGCUGCCUACGAUACAGUGAGCGUCUUAGGUCAGGAUACAGAUGCGGCCAGCAAGGAGCGUGUCCUGCAAGAGACCGCACGGAUGGUUCGUGUUUUGACUGUGUUGAAGGAAUACCUGGCAGAAUGUGAUGAAGCGUAUCGUGAAGAAAGAACUAUUUUACCUUUAAACAGAGCAUGCCGAGGAAAACUGAUGCUGCUGAAAGUGCGAUUUCCAAGUCAGAACCGUCAGGGGGACGAUGUGGAAAUCUGGUCUCAUUCCAAUGAAACUGUGGGGCAGGUGAGGCGGCAUAUAUUGCAGAAGGUGAAGGCCGGGCCAAACAUCAAAGUGGAGCUAUAUUUAGGGGCAGAGCAGAUAGAUGCUAGCGAGGACAAGAAGCUCAUCUCUCAGAUUCCAUUAAGGGAUAAAAUGGUGAGUCAUCUGUCUGUUGCUGUCAGGACACUCAAUGGGAAACUGUUGCAAGUUGGAGGCAACAUGCCUUCUAGUCCAGAGAGCAGCAGUGACAGCUCUGUGGGAUCUCCUCACAAUCAGUAUGAGGGGCCAAACCCAGAGGCAGAAAGUGCAUUGCCGGGAGUGUUGAUGUCGCAGAAAGCCAAGUACAGCCAGUUCCUGUUCCAGCUGUCAGAUCUCGGCUGUCAGCUCCAGGAGCCCAAACUGAGGGAUACAGCCCGGGCUAUACUCAAAAUCAUGCCUGCAGAUGUACAUACUGUGAAAAAGUUUACCACUAUAUGUUCGGAGGGAGCUAACUCAGACCAGCCCAUGUCAUCUGCAUUGGAAACCAUGUUCUUCAACAACUCAACCACACAGACACUGUAUAACAUUGAGGUGUGCUACGCACUUCUGAUGCCCAGCUUGGAUCCCAUGUGUGAGGAGUUAGCCAUCAAUAUGUUGACCAAGAACAACUUCAUGCCCAAUGCUGAUCUACCCUCUAGAAGAGCAGCAUACCAGACUGUGUUGAAAAUCAGCAAAAUGAUGCUGACCGUCCUGGGUCAUGCCCGUGUGCAGGUUGUUGUAGAGGCAUGUGCUUCAGAGGCUGGCGUGAGAACCGUGACCCAGAAAGCUCAUGAAGAGGCUGCAGCAUUGCAGCAGGCUCUGCUGCACAUCCCCAACCCAGAGUCUGAGUACAGCAUGAGGAACGUUGCCUCGCGACUUGGCGGGCAGUUAGUUGAGCAGGCCGUUGGUGUAAGCCCGGAUCUGAACACAGUCAAAGCCAUCAUGAAGCUAGCUUGGUCAGCCAGUGCUUGCAGCUUUCAUUUGAUACACGCCUCGUACGAAGACAUCCAUGCUGCUUUUGACUCG